AUGAAGUAUGAGCCUAAUCCAAAAGAUUAUGAUGUGGUCUCCCUUUUGGGACGAUGUUGCGGUCAGAUAGGAAUGGUUUUAUUAGCAAAACAUAAAAAAAAAACAUUAGUUGCUGUUAAAAAAUUUGAUUUAGAAAAGGCUGAUCAUAAAGAUGUUUUACAAAUACAAAAAGAAAUUAUUAUUAUGAGACAAUUAAAACAUAAUAAUGUCUUGAGCUAUGAAUUUUGUUUUGUGGAUAAUCAAUCGGUUUAUGUAGUAACUCAAUUGUGUGGUUUUGGGUCUUGCACUGACUUGAUUGCAAAUCAUUUUCCUGUCGGACUACCAGAACUAGCCAUAUGCUUUAUUUUACGAGAUGUUUUAAAUGCUUUAGCGUACAUACAUAAAAAAGGUAUUAUUCACAGAGCUAUUCGAGCUAGUCAUAUAUUAGUUUCAGCAAAUGGUAAAUCAAUGAUAACAGGAUUUAGAUAUGCCGUGCAUAUGGUGGAAGGUGGAAAAAGGAAAAAAUGCAUUCAUUGUUUUCCUACCUCAGCUGCAGUAAAUUUAAAUUGGCUUAGCCCAGAAUUACUAGAGCAGUCGCUAGAAGGGUACAAUGAAAAAUCAGACAUUUAUAGUUUAGGAAUAACUUCAGCCGAAUUGGCAAAUGGGUGUGUACCAUUCUCAGAUGUGCCUGCAACUCUCAUGCUAACUGAAAAAGUCAGAGGAUGCGCACCACAACUCAUUGAUCAAACUACAUAUCCUUUAUAUGAAAGUGAAUCGGAAAAUAAUCUUGUCAAUUGCAUUGUAUCAUCCAAUGAUCAUAAAGCCACCAGAUUAUUUAGUGAAAGUUUUCAUCAAUUCACCAACAUCUGCCUACAGAAGGAUCAUCGCCUUCGCCCGAGUGCUCAACAGCUAUUAAGUCAUUCUUUUUUUAAACAAUUAAGACAAAAAAGUAAUAAUCCUAAUUUUAUGGGUGAUUUACUUCAUCCGGUGAUGCCAUUAAGUGCAUCCAUGGACGCCGACGCCGAUGAUUUGAACACAAUAUUAGCAAAUUCAGACAAAAUGGCCGAAAUUAAUAUAAGCAACGUCGAUUGGGAUUUUGCAUGA